GUCAACACGAUGGGAUGAUGAUGAAACGAUUUGUCUACUCUGCUACUCAAUGCAAAAUCCCGAGCCUAAAGAAGCUCUAACAAAAUCAUGUCCACUCCAAUCAUUGAGUUGCCAUUUAUGGUUGUUUUAUAUUCUAUAAGAGUUGUGAGGCCAGCCUUUCCAUGAUUUACGUAUUGCAGCUGGACUGAAAUCUUCUUUCGCAAUAAUACCGACAGUGUUUUUACUAUGGGCAAGAUAGCCAAAAAGUUAAGGGAGAUCAAAGAAGGGCUUAGGAAUGAUGAAAACUUGACUAGAGGGAGGAGGGGCAUUGUUUGCGGAUUCAAAGCAUUACCAUUAUUGACGGGAAAAUAUCUGAUUCACAAGAUUCCGUUCGUACAAUGGCUUCCGAACUAUGCUCCAAGGUGGCUUUUGGACGAUGUAAUAGCAGGUGUCACAGUUGCAUUGGUCUUGGUUCCACAAGCCCUGGCAUCCGCAACCCUUGCUGGAGUGCCAUUACAACAAGGCUUACUCGCUAGUUGGAUGCCAUCAGCUAUAUACUUCUUCAUGGGGACAUCCAAAGGUAACAUCUCACACAGUUAAAACUGAUUCAUACUAAAAAUCAUAGAUAUCGCCACGGGCCCUACGACAUCUCUGAGUCUCCUUACCAAUGCUGUUGUGCUGUCUAUUACCGCUCAAGGUCUUCCAAUACCACCAGCUCUCAUCGCAUCCGCUCUUUCGUUCUCAAUAGGUGCUCUAUCUCUACUGCUAGGGCUUCUAAACCUUGGAUGGAUGCUAAAUUUCGUAACGAUUCCUAUGCUGGUUGGAUUUCAGAUGUCGGCAGCGUUGAUCAUCAUUCAAGGCCAGGUACCCUUGAUCCUCGGAGAAUCGGGCGUAGGUCAGGACUUCUCACGACAAGGAAUGGAAAUUCCUAAAAACAUUGCAACUACCCAACCGUUGUCUUUGGCCAUUGGUGUGGCGUCAAUAGUGAUCAUCAGUUUAUUGAAGCUGAUGGACAAGAAAUGGGGCCAAAAGAGCAGCAUUAUCAGGGUAUUUUCGAAUUUACGGAACGCCUUAGUAAUUGCUAUUUCCACUGGAGUAUCCUUUGUUAUCAAUAGGGAGCUUGCAGUUCCACAAUUCUCUAUUGCUGGAACUGUUCCUCCUCAAGGGAUCCAAUCCCCACAACCUCCGACCAAGAUUGUCCUGCUUGUUGCUACUAAAUCAUUCCCUGUAAGUAAAGUCGGAAUUGGUAAAUGUUGGGAUGGAGACUUACUUUCUACUAUUUGCUAGGUGUUUAUAGCUGCUGUAGUAGAACAUUUGAUUUUCGCCAAGUCCUUUGCACGCCAACAUAACUAUGAGAUAGAUGAAUCCCAAGAGCUUGUAUUCCUUGGCACCGCAAACAUUGUGAACAGCCUUUUCGGUGGGAUGCCAGUGUCCGGAUCACUUUCCUUAUCAGCAGUGAAUUCUGCAACUGGAGUAAGGUCCCCGUUGGGUGGGCUAUUCUCAGCCGGGAUCGUUUUCCUCGCCAUCAGCCAAUUAACCCAGGCCUUCAAGUGGAUUCCGACUGCCGCAACCAGCGCCGUUAUCCUGGUCUCCGUAGCUGAAAUUCUCCCUCCGAAUAGUAUUCCUCUCACAUAUUGGAAAAGAUCCUUUGCGGAUUUCAUAGGCUUUUUUGUUGUCAUGAAUGUUGCACUAGUUGCAGGCUUAGAGAUCGCUCUUGGUCUUGGGGUAGCCUACAUGAUUCUAUACACUCUUUUACGCACAUUAUUUUCUUCGGUUACUCCACUGAAAUCCUUGGAUAUUGAGAAUAGAUACAGUUUCAAUAACAUUGAAAGAAUGCGACCACCACCCCGCGGAGACCGUCUAAUACCCCAAGGAACUCAAAUUAUUACAUUAGAAACACCCCUUUUCUACCUAAACGCCGAGCGAAUUAAGAAAGAUAUUUUAGAAGCUAUCUGGACUAAUCAUGAGCCCACUCCGUACGGACCGACAGACCUAAAAGGAUGGAGCGACUUUCGCGUUCGAAGAACUGCUGCUCUUCGUCGUAGAAGCAAUAUCAAUACUCCAACCCGAUUCCUUCCAAAACUUGAAGUUGUCGUAUUCAAUUUCACUCGUGUUACCUUUAUUGACACUACUGGCCUUAUCUAUCUCCAAGAUGUCAAGGACGAAAUUAUGACAUACAGCGGUGAUGCCGUAGAAUUACGCUUCGUAGGCAUGAAUGCCGCUGUACAGAAGAAAUUUAAGAGAGCAGGUUGGCCGCUGGGAACGUAUCAAGAAUCACAAAUUGGCCUAGUAGCCGGGAUCGAUAUUAUAUUCGAGGAUUUAUACGAUGCUAUCGCAGUACCCCGAUCAGUAAGAGCAUCGAUGAAUGGGUUGGAAUUUGAGUUUGGGAAUGCGAAGAAUGACAUGGAACAGGAUAGCGAUGAGGAGGCUUUCCGAAAGGGUACGAUGAACGUCAUUGUUACGAAUGUUAUGACGAAGCAUGGGAAGGCUUAUAAGGAGAAGUUUUAAACUAAGGCUGGGACGUUUUAGCGGCGUGUUUUACCUGUAUGUUAUGGGCUGGAUAAGAAUCACGAGUUUAUAUGCUGGACAUCAUUGUAGAGUUGAUUUUAUUUUCUUCCCGAAUUGCACCGUGAACAUCUCCAGUGAAGAAUGGUUAAUAUUGUCAGGAUAGAAGUAAACUAGAGCUCA